AUGGGGGACAACAACUAUCUCCAAAAGCCCAUGCAGGCGACCUUCUACCCAACGCAAAACGAUGAUUUCUUCAUGCCCGAACUGAUCUCUCCUACGCCCACGAGAAUCAUGCCAGAGGUGCCCUCGAACAUGCAGGAAGGACUGGCGCAUCUCGAGCUCGAAGCGCGGAACCCUCCAAACAGAAUGAGCGCCUCCUCCACCGUCUCCUCGAUGCAAUCCCCCUCAUAUGCCGACAUGCAGACCUCGAUUCAUACUUCGCAUACUUCAGGAGGAGGUGGCGCACCGGGCUUUACGGCGAGCUACGAGCAUACAAACGCGUCCGCGUACCAGAAUAUCAAUCGAGAUUACCAGCAGUAUGCUUCGCAAGACUCGCCCAAAUUCAGCCCCUUCCCAAAGUUACGGAACCCUGGGCAGAAUGUCCCGCUGUCGGAUGAAGAUAAGGAGGAAGUGCUAGAGAGAGCGAGGCCUCUGGUCUUGAAGUCUACGGACCCGGAAAUGCAGCUGGCUUGGGCACAAGAUGCGCUAUCGUGGGUCGAGGCUGCGUGCCAGAGCGCACUUCGGCAGCUACCAGAAGGACAGGCCAGCAGAUCCUUGACUCCAAAGGUUGAGCAUCAGCUGCGGGAAGAUGCGCUGAACAUUGUCAAGUUUUUGGCUGAGCAACACCACCCAAGGGCGGAAUUCAUCAAGAGUAUGUGGCUAGAAUUUGGGAAGUUUGGACACAGAAUCGACAAGAAAGAGGCGUUUUUGGGAUACAAGAGAGCUGCCUCGAGGGGAUACGCCAGAGCCGAAUAUCGGAUAGGAAUGCAGUACGAGAAUUUCAAUAACUCGGUUAAGGCGGUGGAGCAUUACCAGAAAGGUGUGGCCAUGAGAGAUUCUGCGUCGAACUACAGACUGGGAAUGAUGACUUUGCUUGGCCAACAUGGCAUGAAGCAGGAUUUCCAACGCGGGGUGGAUCUGAUUCGGUUCGCAGCAGAUACUGCGGAUGAGAACGCUCCUCAGGGUGCCUACGUCUACGGAAUGUUGAUGGCGAGAGAAUUGCCAAAUAUUAUUGUUCCGGAUAGGUAUCUGGAAUUCGAUUUGAAUGAUGCCAAGAUGUUUGUCGAAAAGGCAGCAUAUCUCGGAUUCGCAAAGGCUCAACUGAAGAUGGCAAUGGCAUACGAGCUUUGCCAGCUAGGAUGCGAAUUCGAACCAGCUCUCUCACUGCAUUACAAUGCUUUGGCAGCUCGCCAAGGCGAAGCUGAAGCGGAGAUGUCCAUCAGUAAAUGGUUCCUUUGCGGCUACGAAGGCAUUUUUGAGAAGAACGAGGAGCUUGCUUUUACUUAUGCCAAGCGAGCAGCUCAGUCCAAGUUACCUACAGCCGAGUUUGCGAUGGGAUACUUCUACGAGAUUGGCAUGUAUGUUCCAGUCGACCUACGAGAAUCGGAGAUGUGGUAUACAAAGGCUUCGGAACAUGGAAAUAUGGAUGCUCUGGGGCGAAUUGACAGUAUUAGGAAGAACGGUGCUUUGACAAAGAAGGAUCACGAGAAGGUUGCGAUUUCCAGAAUAAAAUCUCAGUACGGUUCUCAGAAAGGGGCGAGGCCAGAUCGAUUCAAGCAGAAGCCAGCUCCAUUGCCUGCAAUGCACGAAGAGCGCAUCGACAUGCCCGACCCAAGAAACUCGUAUAGUUCAGUUGCGCCUCUGCGAACACUUAACAAUCCACCACCUCCAAGGCCAGUUUCCGCAGCGCCAUAUCCCGAGGACGACAUGGCGCACAUGAGUAGAUUCAGUCAGGUCCCAAAUACAGGACUGCGACCAUCUUCUAGCGGGGGACCUCACGCGGACAGACCAUCUUCUGCAUUUGGUAUCCGCCCAGUGGCUCACGCGAAUACUGGCGAAUUUGGUCAGGGUGGCCUUCGACCCACUGAAUCGUUGCGACCAUCCACGAGCAUGGGCAAUAUGCCGCUACCGACUCUACCAGGGGGUAGGGGCGGUCCAGUUGGUGGUCGUGUAGUGUCAGGUGGGUGGGAACCACAGAAUAGGUAUGGCAAUCAAGCACCAACACUUCCACAAGUGGAUUUGGGACGUCCCAUGAACCUUGAUCAAGGUCCUGGAGGUCCAAGCAAAUUACAAAAGCCACCUCCAAACGUAAACAAGCCACAGCCCGCUCAACCACAAACCAGUCCAGGCUACCCACCUUAUGGAGGACCAACUCCACAGCAGGGAGUUCCACCGCGACGAGAUCCAGCUGCAAAUCACUACGAAAGACCUGCUCGACUGAGUUCGAUGCAGACAGGUCCGCCAACGAUGUCUGGAGGAGUACAAUCAAUGAUGAGCCCUCCUAUCAUGAGUCCGCCGGGUAUGAGUCCUCAUGGAAGGCAACCUCAACCCCAACAGCAGCAAGCAAGACCUGAUUCGCAAGCUGGCCGUCAACCUCAACGUCCUCCACCACAUACCAUGUCAUUACAGCAAGUCAACUCCAGACCUCCUUCAGCUGUAUCUUCUGCUGCUCCAUCUCCGGCUUUAUCAUCUGCACCAACAACUGCCUCGCAAGGUUCAUCUGCUCCUCCAAAGAAGACUGGGCCUAGCACGUUUGAAGAAAUGGGUAUUCCGACCGCGAAGAGCGAGGGCGAUUGUAUUAUUAUGUAA